UGGGUGCUUCCCGAUGCUCGGAUCUCGUAUACCGGAGAGAGUGGAUCCGAGAUUGUGGAGACUUUCCCGGACCGGGUUUUCCAUGCUCCGCUCCCUGAGGGAGUAGAGGCGGUAUGCACCUUUCAUUUGUGUACUCUUCUUUAUAUUUUUUUUACUAACAUUCUUGUUUUAGGUUCCGGCCCGUACGGCCAAUGCGAUGGUGGGGGUGAUCAACCGGUUGAAGUCCGCGUUGGUUCGAGCUCGGUCUGCACUUUCUCGCAGGAGCCCCCACUCUACUCGGACGACUAGUGGGCGUGCUGGGGCCGACGACGCGGGUCCCUCGGGCGGGGGACACGGUCGUCGCGGGAGAGAUAGAGCACAACACUCGCCCCUACGGCAUCGCCGUUCUGACGCGGGGGUGAGUUCUUCCGGGGAGAGGUCCGAGACGGAGCGUAGGCGGCGUUCCGUGUCGGUGGCCCGAGAGCCUAGCCCCGAGUUGCAGUCGCAGCCUCAUUUUUGGGGUGACUCUGGCUGGGGUCCCUCAUACCACGGGGAGUGGAGUGGAUGGACCGGCGAGGCUUGGAGACAUGGAGCCGAUGACGAGUCUUAGGCUUACAUCCUGUUUUAUACAUAUUCAUUCUUGUGUUCCGCAUGUAUAUAUAUUUUUUUGCGAUUUUUGGUGCAAGAAUGUUUUGAGCCUUCCGUGGGCUU